AUGGCUCGGAAACCGCGUAUGACGAUUAUUCAACUACUAGACAAAUACAUGGAGAAUAGAUAUAAGAAGCAGGAAGGAUACACGCAGGGGGCAGAACAAUCACUUAUUCCCACCUUUCCUCGUUAUUCUUUAAUGCGAUUGAUUUGGCGUGGAUACUUUAUAAACCUAUUAUUAGAUGUUGCGUAUGCAGGAUACUUGGUAAUGGAAUGUGUAGUAAUGAUUUAUUUCACUGGCCUCCAUGGCUUCCUUGCUCUUGCCACUGUGUACCCGAUUUAUCAGAUAGCCAUUCGGGGUCCAAUCAUAUCCUUUUCUUUAUCGGCAGCAUCGUUUGUUCACAAGGAGCUGGAAGUGGGCCACGCCAUAUUUGCUAAUGCAUACCUCCUUGGCUAUAUUAUUCUCUCUGUGUGCUGGUGCACCCUAGUUUCUCUCACCAUUGCCCCCGCGUCCCGUUAUAUCGUUAGUGCAGUAGGCACCUCAGAUGACUCGUACGCUACCAAAUACUUAGUACUCUGUUCGACGCUCGGAGGGUUGAGUAUUAUAUUUGAUGAAGGGAUGACGGCAAUUCACAUUGUUGAGCAACGGCACGUGCUUAUCUUCACACACAUAUUAACAAGGUACCUGCUUAAGGGUAUCUUUCUCCUUCUCUUUUAUACCAUCUGCAGUAAGAUUGGACGGGAGCGGGGUGGGAACAUGAUGUCAACUCUUGCUACUGCGCCGGCUGUGACUGAUAUUGUAGUGUCUAUACCUUUAAGUAUUUGGAUGUUACUUAUAACGUGCCAGAAGACAAUUUACAACUAUCCAUUAGCAACCUCUCUAAAUCUUCUUAAGCAAAACAGAUACCCUUGGCAGUGGAAGGUCUAUAAGCACAUCUUGUUAAGUUCUAUUCCACAUUAUCUUAAAACGCUAUAUGAGCCACUUAUGCUUUUAGCGACCAAUACUCUUGUGGCAAAGUACUACACAAACUCUGAUGAAUCGAUCACGAAAAGGAUUUCUCUGCUUGUAUUCUAUCUUUUUCGGCACAUCUUUAUGAUAUCAUCGAGGUCCUUUGCUACUUCUUACUAUACUUCGAUGCAGACCUAUUACUUUCAUAGAUUUUAUCAGUGUGCAGGGACAGUUCUAGUCAGAUUGACUAUUCUCGUCUACUCUAUUGGACUUCUAUUAGGAUUUAUUUUCCUUGCUUUGUCCCCAUUUCUUAUGCGACUGUUACUUCCUGCUAACGUGGCCGAUUCGUUUGCAACCUUAACCGAGACAAGACAGGCAUUGCUUCUUAAUUAUUGUGAUGCAGCAGUGCAUAAGGCUGCGAUUGCUGGAGUGAUACUAGUGGGCCUUGACAUGGUCCUCGUUGUCCAGACUCUUCGAGAGACAUAUAUAUUGAACACAGUUGUUUGUCUAACCCGGCUAGUCUUCGGGUUAGCUUUUGUGCUUAUUAUAGGGCUCAUGAACCAAGAUAAUUCAAGUAUUGAAAAUGCCUUGCUGAUUGCAGAGAUACCCACAGCCAUUGGGACCGUGUUCUUUUCAAUAGAACAGAUUUAUGAGCACACCUUUCUGGGACGGUUAGAAAUGUUUCACGCAAUGACAAGCAAGACCAAUUCCAGUUCCUUGUCUGCCACCGACUGGGCCGAAAUCCACCAAAAGAUAGCUGAGUCUAAAGCUGAGAAAAGGUCUGCCUAUAGGUAUCUCAGAUUUAUGAUAACGGGGAAGAGUAUUGACAACUGA